AUGGUAAUAUUUGCCUUCCCUCAAUUCAGUCUAGAUAAACACGAUCCCGUCUUUCCCUUCUGCAACAUGUCACAAAUGCUUACACCAUACAUCGAUACGCAUGCAGCAGCCAUGUCUACCCGCAAUCAAUUUCAUUCCACUUUCGGGGAAGAGCCCCUGUGCACGAUAGGUUUUGUCUCUGAUUAUACAUCAAAGAGGAAAUGGCGUCAGGAUGGCUUUGACCAAACUGAUCCAGCCUUGUAUAGUAGACUCUCCAUUGAUUCUCCUAUUUCCCUGCAACCAUCAUCUUUUCCUCCCGUUCUGAUUGGCACCAUCUUUUUUGUCCAUCACGCAAAAGCAAGAGAGACAUGUUUCAAACCCCCUCAACACCGUCAAGCUCACGGACUACGGCAACGGCCGGGUGGAAGAGCUGUUGCGGCGUCAGGUUCUUUGGGGAACUGCGCUUAUCUCGCGUGCGAAGAAGAGAAUACGAAGAGGAGAAGGAGCGCGAUGACCGAUGAGGUUUACGGCAACGCCUUUGGCCAUGCGGAGGGGGCCGUCGCCACAUCUGGAGCCAAAUGGGGGCACACAGGAAACCCUAUCGGUCUCACCCUAAAGCCACAGUCUCAAUCCCUAACCCCUCUUUUCUCCUACCCUUCCCAUCUCUCCUCUAUAAAAACUGUCAUCGUCUCAGGUUCCCUCCCUCGGUUCCCUCCACCAAAACUUUGCAUCUGUCACCGCCCUCUCCUUCGACGCCCCUCCCAAUCUCCCCUUCCCCGCGACCGCAUCUCCACCGACGCCGCUGGCUCCAUCACCAUUUUUGACGUAGAUGGCUUCAUCCAUCUAAUCACGCUCUCCGUCCACUGCAAAUCCGCUAUCAACGACCUUGCCUUGCACCCGUCCGGUGAGCGCGCCCUCACUGUUGCCCUGACAACUGCCUCGUCGUCGUCAACCUUGUCCGCGGCCGUCGUCAACCUCGACAAGGAAGCUACUCUGGUCAAGUUCAAUGUGACCGGCGACCAUUUUUUUGUGGCCGCGAAGGAGAAGGGUUUUGUCCAACAGACUGAGGAUGCACGCAUAUUUUUCGAAUUGGAAUGCUCCAAGCCCGUUCUCUGCGCUGCUCCUGCUAGGGUAGAGGUCGCAAAAGAAAUAGCUUUUGAGCGUAUCAUUCAAGGAGGAUACAAACCUUUGAAUUUUAUUACAAGAAUCUGGUGCAAUUCUAUGAUUCCUAAAUGAUGAGUGUAUCAUAUCAAUGUUUUCCAUUCACAAACCAUUAU